GCUUGACUUCAAUUGGACUUCCACAAUCCGAAUCCUCGAAAGAUUGAACGGUUGAAAUCACUCGGCAAAAAUGUACAUGGAUGAUGAGUACGAGCAUGGAGACAACGGCAAGGAGCAUGGCUACAACAAUGGCGAGGUCUACGACGACGGCGAGGAGGAUAUCACGCAGGAGGAUGCCUGGGCGGUGAUCAGCGCUUACUUUGAGGACAAAGGUCUGGUGCGGCAGCAGCUCGACUCAUUCGAUGAGUUCAUCAAUAACACGAUGCAGGAGAUUGUCGACGAGUCGGCCGAUAUCGAGAUCCGUCCUGAGUCGCAGCACAAUCCUGGACACCAGCCGGACUUUGCUGAGACUAUAUACAAGAUCAGUUUUGGUCAGAUUUACCUCAGUAAACCGAUGAUGACGGAAUCUGAUGGAGAAACAGCUACCUUGUUUCCCAAGGCUGCAAGGCUUAGGAAUUUGACGUAUUCAGCCCCAUUGUAUGUUGAUGUGACCAAGAAAGUCAUAAAGAAAGGUCAUGAUGGGGAGGAAGUUACUGAGACUCAGGAUUUCACAAAAGUCUUUAUUGGGAAGGUUCCUAUAAUGCUGAGGUCAAGUUAUUGCACAUUAUAUCAGAAUUCUGAGAAAGAUUUGACAGAACUUGGGGAGUGCCCAUAUGACCAAGGUGGUUAUUUCAUCAUCAACGGCAGUGAAAAGGUGUUGAUUGCUCAGGAGAAGAUGAGCACUAAUCACGUCUAUGUAUUUAAAAAGAGGCAACCAAACAAGUAUGCCUAUGUGGCUGAAGUUAGGUCCAUGGCGGAGACACAAAACAGGCCACCCAGUACCAUGUUUGUCCGCAUGCUUUCUCGAACUAGUGCCAAAGGGGGCUCAUCUGGCCAGUAUAUACGUGCUACCCUCCCAUACAUACGCACUGAGAUCCCUAUCAUUAUUGUGUUUCGAGCACUAGGAUUUGUUGCCGACAAAGAUAUAUUAGAGCAUAUCUGCUACAAUUUUCAAGAUACUCAAAUGAUGGAACUGCUUCGGCCUUCCUUAGAAGAAGCAUUUGUUAUCCAGAACCAACAGGUUGCUCUUGACUACAUUGGGAAAAGAGGGGCCACUGUUGGUGUCACCAAAGAGAAAAGAAUCAAGUAUGCCAAAGAGAUUCUUCAGAAAGAAAUGCUUCCUCAUGUUGGUGUUGGGGAGUAUUGUGAGACAAAAAAGGCUUAUUACUUUGGGUAUAUCAUCCAUCGGCUUCUUUUAUGUGCAUUAGGCCGAAGAGCAGAGGAUGAUAGAGACCACUAUGGCAAUAAAAGACUAGAUCUUGCUGGUCCUUUGUUGGGAGGCCUCUUCCGAAUGCUAUUCAGAAAGUUAACCAGGGAUGUUAGGUCCUACGUGCAGAAGUGUGUAGACAAUGGCAAGGAUGUGAAUUUACAAUUUGCAAUAAAGGCCAAAACCAUCACUAGUGGCUUGAAAUACUCACUUGCUACUGGUAACUGGGGCCAAGCAAAUGCAGCUGGUACAAGAGCUGGGGUAUCUCAGGUGUUAAAUCGCUUGACUUAUGCCUCUACCUUGUCCCAUUUGCGAAGGCUUAACUCUCCUAUAGGCCGUGAAGGGAAACUGGCCAAACCAAGGCAGUUGCAUAACUCCCAGUGGGGAAUGAUGUGUCCUGCAGAAACACCUGAAGGACAGGCAUGUGGGUUGGUGAAGAACCUUGCAUUGAUGGUUUAUAUUACAGUUGGCUCAGCAGCAUAUCCAAUUUUGGAAUUUUUAGAGGAAUGGGGAACUGAGAAUUUUGAGGAAAUAUCUCCUGCCGUCAUUCCUCAAGCCACUAAGAUCUUUGUAAAUGGCUGUUGGGUUGGUAUUCAUCGCAACCCUGAUAUGUUGGUGUCUACACUAAGACGCUUGAGGAGGCGUGUCGAUGUCAACACGGAAGUUGGAGUGGUCCGAGAUAUUCGUUUGAAAGAACUCAGGAUAUACACUGAUUAUGGUCGCUGCAGUCGUCCCUUAUUUAUUGUGGAAAAGCAAAGACUUCUUAUAAAAAAGAGGGAUAUCCUGGCCUUGCAACAGAGAUCCCAGGAAUCUCCUGAUGAUGGUGGUUGGCAUGACCUAGUCUCAAAGGGCUUCAUAGAAUACAUAGAUACAGAAGAAGAGGAAACAACUAUGAUUUCUAUGACAAUACACGAUCUGGUUCAAGCAAGGGAAAGACCGCAGGAGGCUUAUUCAGAUACUUAUACGCACUGUGAAAUUCAUCCUUCCUUGAUAUUAGGCGUUUGUGCUUCAAUUAUUCCCUUCCCGGAUCACAACCAGUCUCCACGUAACACAUAUCAGUCAGCUAUGGGUAAACAAGCUAUGGGCAUUUACGUCACAAACUACCAAUUUCGAAUGGACACCUUGGCUUAUGUGCUGUACUAUCCUCAAAAACCACUCGUUACAACUCGGGCUAUGGAGCACUUGCAUUUUAGGCAGCUACCUGCUGGCAUUAAUGCCAUAGUUGCCAUUGCAUGCUACUCCGGGUACAAUCAAGAAGAUUCAGUUAUCAUGAAUCAGUCAUCAGUUGACCGUGGUUUCUUCCGGUCUCUAUUUUUCCGUUCAUAUAGAGAUGAAGAAAAGAAGAUGGGGACAUUAGUCAAAGAGGACUUUGGACGUCCUGAUAGAACUAACACCAUGGGCAUGCGCCACGGCUCCUAUGAUAAGUUGGAUGACGAUGGGCUUGCACCCCCGGGAACCAGAGUUUCUGGCGAGGAUGUGAUUAUUGGAAAAACGUCUCCAAUAGCUCCUGACGAUGCCCAAGGGCAAGCUGCUCGUUACACGAAACGUGAUCACAGUACAAGCUUACGGCACAGUGAAACCGGAAUGGUGGAUCAAGUCCUGUUGACCACAAAUGCUGAUGGGUUGAGAUUUGUCAAAGUGAGGGUGAGAUCAGUUAGAAUUCCUCAAAUUGGAGACAAAUUCAGUAGUAGACAUGGACAGAAGGGAACAGUGGGCAUGACUUAUACGCAGGAGGACAUGCCAUGGACGUUGGAAGGCAUCACGCCCGACAUAAUCGUCAACCCUCAUGCUAUUCCAUCCCGUAUGACCAUUGGUCAGCUUAUUGAGUGUAUCAUGGGGAAGGUCGCUGCACAUAUGGGGAAGGAGGGAGAUGCCACUCCUUUCACUGAUGUAACCGUGGACAAUAUCAGCAAAGCCCUUCACAAGUGUGGGUAUCAGAUGCGUGGUUAUGAGACCAUGUACAAUGGGCACACUGGCAGGCGUCUUUCGUCUAUGAUAUUCCUGGGUCCCACUUACUACCAGAGGCUGAAGCAUAUGGUUGAUGACAAGAUUCACUCUCGGGGUAGAGGCCCUGUUCAGAUUCUGACGAGGCAGCCUGCUGAGGGAAGGUCGCGUGAUGGUGGUCUGCGUUUUGGUGAAAUGGAACGAGACUGCAUGAUUGCACAUGGAGCAGCUCAUUUUCUCAAGGAAAGGUUGUUUGAUCAAAGUGACGCAUACAGGAUACAUGUAUGCGAGCGAUGUGGAUUAAUAGCCAUCGCUAACCUGAAGAAGAAUUCAUUCGAAUGCAGAGGGUGCAAAAACAAAACUGACAUCGUACAGGUUCAUAUUCCAUAUGCUUGCAAGCUGCUAUUCCAAGAACUAAUGUCUAUGGCUAUAGCUCCUAGAAUGCUAACCAAGGACAUUAAGCAAAACAAAGAUCUAAAGAAGAAGGGCGGUUAAUUUGGUCGGACUUGGACACACCAAUUCAUCAGACUAUGGAACAUUCAAGGUAAUUGCUGCGCAACUGAGUGAGAAUCAAGGCGUUUGUUGAAUCCCCAAUUGUCAUGGUAAGUUAAUUAUAGAAGAUGAGUGUUGUCUUUGAAUGCACAAAUUAGAGGGCGUUAUACAUUUGUGAGGUGAGGCUGUAACAAUCUAUGUAUUUUCUACCUGAACAAACUGUUUUCAGUCGGCACUUAAUUGGAAAACUUUUUAAUGGCAA